AUGCCGCCAACUACACUCACAACCCCCCUCACCCUUCAAAUCCCCGCGGAACCCCUCACCCGCGCCGCCUUCGCCCCCUUCGGCGACGUGAUCGAGAACCCGCACCCCGAAGUCCGCCCCGCCGCCACCGUACCCGCCUCCGUCUCCGCCUCCUUCAGCGCCGUCCCCGCCAACCAGGGAACAGCCAUCAAGUACCAAAACGUCUCCUCCCCUGUAGACCUCUACCCCCAGGCGCCCUCCCGGUCCUCCCGCCCCAUCGUGAGCAUCUUCUCCUGCGCCGCAAGGCAGCUCGAGCCCGCCGAGCCCGCCGCCCAGCCGCCCAUCUCGACCCUGCUGCCCUACACCUACGCGGGCCCCAGCAGGGGAGGGAGGUUCAGGGUCGGCGUGCUGGAGAGGCACCCCUUUACAACGCAGACCUUUGUCCCCUUUUCCGCUUCAUCGUCCGCGGCUGGCGCGGCGUACCUCGUCAUCGUGGCACCCACCCUCCCGACCCCCAGCGCGCAAACGGACUUCCUCCCGGCCCCGGCCACCGGCGGCAAGGGCCGCGGCCUGCCCGAUAUCAAGGGCCUCAAGGCCUUCGUCGCGUCCCCCGGACAGGCCGUCACCUACGGCGCGGGCACGUGGCACGCGCCCAUGGUCGCGCUGGGACCCCAGGGCACGGCGAUCGACUUUGUCGUGACGCAGUUUGCGAGCGGCGUGGGCGUGGAGGAUUGUCAGGAGGUGGAGUUUGCGGCCGCGGACGAGGAGGCGGGCAUUGUGGUGCAGGUUCCGGAGAGGAUGCCAGUAGUUGCGAAGCUAUGA